AUGCGGAGGCAUGCAGGACAAGAACUACCAGAGGAUCGUAUUAGAAGAGAGUUACCUAAGCAAGGAGGAAACUCCUGUCCACCUCUCACAGCCAUUUGGCCAAUCAACGAGGGCCCAACUGAUUAUCAAACACAUCAGCUUCGGGUCAGUGAAGUCACCGCUAGGAAAUCCCUUAAGUGGCAUUCCAAUCGAGUUGCGUAUAAUAUGCUAAUAUAA